AGCACCUCUUCCCUUCUCCCGUUGCUCUUCCGCACGACUCGAGGGAAUCAGCGUUUCUAGUAUUCUUAUCUCUUUCGGCGAUCUUACGAGACGUUCAACAUGGCAGGCCCAGCGCGGCGACUAGCCCGACCGGUCCUCUUUAUCUGCGACAUCCAAGAGAAAUUCCGCGGUGCCAUUCACGAAUAUGGCAAAGUCGUCUCGACGACGCAGAAGAUGCUCAAAGCCAGCCAAAUCCUCAACAUGCCCGUUGUCGCCACGACGCAGCUACGCGGCAAGCUCGGCGACCUGGCGCCCGAACUGCAACUCGACACAGCAGACGGGGUGAAGACGCUGGUCAACGCGGACAAGAGCGCCUUCUCCAUGUGGGUGCCGGAGGUGCAGAAGGUGUUUGCGGAGCAGCUGGGCGGCGAGAAGCAAGAGGUGGUGAUUGUCGGGAUUGAGUCGCACAUUUGCGUCACGCAGUCCACCCUCGACUUGCUGCGGGAGGGACACAAGGUGUACGUGCUGGCGGACGGGGUGUCGAGCUGCAAUCCGCAGGAGGUACCGAUUGCGCUCAAUCGGUUGCGAGCGGAGGGCGCGGUGGUGACGACGAGCGAGAGUUUCCUGUAUGAGUGUAUGGGGGAUGCGGGGAUUGGAGAGUUCAAGGGGAUUGCGAGUUUGGUGCGGGAGUACAAUGGGAAGACGAAGGAGAAUCUGCAGGCGCUGUGCAAGUUUUAGAUGGGUACGAGAUGGACGAAAUCUUACGGGCAUGCUGUCAAUGGAAGGUCCCGGUAGUCGGGGCGUUGGUAAGGUGACAUGUGCGUAUCAGUCCACCUCGACGUGCAGGGAAGGUUCCAUGUC